AUGAGCGGAAUAGGGAAAAACGAUUCGGACCCAAAUUCAGAUAACGAAUCAAAUAAUCCAACAUUACCACCAAGUCCUACCCCUCGUGUAAGUUUACCAAUACGAUUCUCAAAUCCAGAAAAUCCGACAUCCGAACGUUCUAUUGGGAAUAUCAGUACUGAUAACAUCUUCAUCAGAACUGGCGUACUAAUAGAUCAUAAUUCAGAGUUAAUACAUAACGUCUCCGUAACUUUGGGGGAAGUAGAUACCGUUUUGGUGGAAACAGAAAAUCAACUCAAUCUUAAUAUCCUAGACCAAUCAAUUGAAGGAAAUCUUUUAAAUCAGAAUAUACCCUCCCCUCCUCUUAACCCUAGUGACCAAACCAUGAAUCCAGGUACUCAGGAAACAGCGCAAACACAGGGUGUUACCGGUAAUAACCAACAAAGCCUCAUGGUAAAUUCUGAAGGACCAUCAAAGGCAGACACUCAAGAGAUAUCAAAUCCUCAAGUAAUUGAAGAAAAUCCAGAUCAAUCCGGUGUACGAUAUUCAUUCGGAUCAAGAGGAGAUACAAUAGGACUGGAGGCCGCUCUAAAACUCUUGCCAGGCUCGUUCAAUGGAGACAAGCAGGAGGAAUUGGAGAUAUUCUUGGAAAAAUGCGAGUUUGCGUUAGCAUGCGCACAUGACCAUGUACAGGCUCGACUUCUCCAAGGCAUCCAAGUUAGACUGACAGGGAAAGCCCGUCAGGCAGUCAAGUUUAAGGAAAUACGACAUUGGACUGAACUAAAGGAAGCGUUGAAAUCUGCAUUGGAACCGCAGAGGACGACCACUUAUCUAUUCUCAGAAUUGUAUUCAACAAGGCAGAAAAUCGGAGAAGAUGUAACUAACUACGCAAAUAGGAUUGAGCAACUCCAAACACUUAUCGUAGAGCAAGAGACCAGUGGGCACAGUUGGGAGGUAGCUCAAGCACUAGGAGCAAGUAUCAAGAAGCAAAGCAUCCAAGUAUUCGUGGAGGGACUAGGACCUCUAAAAGACUUUAUCAAGGCCAGGAAUCCGCUAACGUUAGACAAGGCCAUACAAGCAGCAAGGGAAGAAGAACGGGUCAGAAACUCACAAGAAGCGACAAAGAAGCUAUAUGGAGCGCCGCACCAAUCCACAAAGAAACCUACUUGUUUUCACUGUAAUAAAGUUGGUCAUAUGGCAAAGGAUUGCAGGAGCAAACCGACAACGACAAACUCAAGACCUUCUUCCACAACGGCACCAAUUAGAAGCAUCGAAUGCAACUAUUGUAAAAAGCCAGGACACCUGCUGAAAGAUUGCCGAAAAAGGAAUUACGUAAACUCCAAAAAGGAAGGCAACCAGCAGGAAAACCACCAGCAACCGGCCGCCAACGGUGGGCGCCCGGUGAGCGAGUUAAAAAACACCGGCAACGACAAAUCCUCUACUUCAAAGCAGAAUUAG